AUGUUAUUUAGCUGCGGUGGAACUGCAGUUGGUAAUUCAGGAAUGGAUGGUUUUGGCGUUAUAGCUAGAAAUCAUAACAUUCGGUUCAUUGGAACUGUCUCAGGUGGAAAUGGAAUUGCUACUACUUAUAUAGCUGAUUCAUUAGCUAUUGUAUGGGAUUUAGAAUGGGCGUUUAAACUGCAAUGUAGUAAGAUUCUUAUCAGAUCUAAUUCAAUGACAGUAAUAGAAGAUGUCAGAAAAGGAGUGGUGCCUUGGUGCCUACAGUCAAGGUGGCUGAAAGCCGAAAAAGAGAUUACUGAGAUUAUAUAUGAGCAGUGCUAUAAAGAAGUUAAUUUCUCUGCAAUUGAACUUGCUAAACAGGGUGCAAAGCUGGCUCAAGGUGCUGUGAUAGUUCAUGAAGGGAAGCCUCCAUCUCUAGUAAAAAUUGAGUUACCUGGUAGGAAGUAUUAUAGAUUUUGCUAG